CUCGCGCCCUCUCGGAGCCCCGCCAUGGCUCGCGCUUACGGCGGCCGCGUGCUGGCCGCACUGACCCAGCUGGGCAUCCCUGCGGCCGUGCUGGCGGCGCUGGGCGCGCAGCUGCUGUUCCAGCUGCAGGCGGGGCGUGCGGAGCUGAGAGGGUCCCGGCGCGGGGCGCGGGGCGUGGGGCCGGGCGCGGGCCCCGGGCUGCCCGAGGACGCGGCGGGCGCGCUGCUGCCGCUGGCCGCCGCGCUGGCCGCGCUGGCGCUGGUGCUGGGCCUCACCUGCCUGCUGCUCACGGGCCUCUGCGGCCACAUAGGCGCCGAGCUGGCGCGGGGACCCGGCCCCGGCAGGUCUGAUUGGUUUUUCUAUGACUGCCGUGGGGUGAGGCAUGCGGCCUUGGGCCUAUUCUGCUGUGGCAUCUCUGUCUACUUGGCAGCGCUGUCCAUCUAUGCCCUGCUGCUGUUUGAGAUCGAGACAGGAGCCGCUGCAGCAUCUGUGCUGGGCUCAGGCGCUCUGGUCCUGGUGGCCAUGCUGACCUACCUUCUGCUUCGAGCUGCACGGGCCACCCGGUGUGGUCCCCACGAUCUGUCCCCAGCAUACUUAGAAGACGACCCUGCCCGUGCUGCCGAAGUCCCCAGGGCGGGCUCCAGGGCUCAGCUCCAGCAGGAUGAGGGAACCGGAGUCCCACAAGGGGCAGUGACACGGCAGGGGUCCCAGUUCUGAGCACCAGCGGCGGGACUCACACCUAGAGUCCCCCAUAAGACCCAUGAUGCUGAUGGAUGGCUCAACCUUGGACAUUCUGAUGCCUACCAUGGCCUGGGGACUGAACACGGACCCUUGUGUGCUGAGAUCAGAGAAGCCCAAGACAGGAGCAGGAUGUGGGGCAGGCCAUCAACUCCAGGCAUGCCGCCUCUCUGCCCCCUGCUUCCUUAUCUGUACAGUGAGAAAAGGGACCAACUCCCAGUCCUAAGCCAGAGACCUGGGUCUCCAUGGAAGCUGCCAGGGGGGCUGUAAAUGCUUGGUGCUCAAUUUGUGGCCACUGUCUCCAAGCUACCUGGCAGGCGCAGCAUCUCUGGUGACCUGGCCCCUUUUGGCUUGCACCACUGAAAUCCAGUCCCAGCCCACUCUCCCAUGUGCCGCAGACAAGUGGGUGCCAGGAGCUGGGGUCCCUGGGCACACGACUCUUGUGGAACCCCAGGUCCUGUGGAUCUUCACACAUGAAUUUCCUGGGGUGCACAGGUUUGGUACCAUUUGUACCCCAAAUGGAGAGCUAUCCCCAGAGGUCCCUCAGCCUGUGCCCCUGGGCCAUGCAGGGUCCCCAGGACCCAGGGUGCAGCAGAGAAAGGUCAGCUGCAGAUGGUAGAGGCCUGGGCUCACCCUCUGGGGAGAUAGCCCAACACUUCUGCUGGGCAGGCCUUGGUGGGUACUGCCUGGCUGCCACCUCCCAGAGCCUCUAGAAGCUGCACACAGUAGAAAGGGACAUGCACCACCACACCCAGAAUGGUGUCUGCCUCGGGCAUAUGUGGGUCGAGGCGGGAGGGCCACAGGUUCUGGACUAGCCUGGGCUGCAGUGCCACCCUGUUGCAAAACAAGGGUUUGUACUCUCACAUACCUGGUACUUUCUGCUCACAGCUGCUGUGGGGGCCGUGAGAUGGACACAAGUAAGAGGAAGCUUGGCACCGCCGACUCCAUCUAGUUGAGCCCAGAUGCUUCUCUCUGCAGAGUCUGGGAGGGGCAGGGCCAAGCAGUGCUCAGCACCAUCUUUGUGCGUGUGCAUGCUGUGGGGCUUGGAUUCGGGGCCAAGGCGCUGCCCUGAGCUCUUCAACUCAAGUGCUCUACCAACUCG